ACCACAAGAUCACAAGCAAACUCGGUAAAAAUUAGGUUGAGGUUGCGAGGGAGCGCUGCGAUUAACCUUGCUCAUGGCGACGGCGACUUCCUUUGCGACGCCGUUCUUCACCGUCCACGCAACAAGAUCUAUUCCACUGGCCCACACUGACCUUCAUUUUCUCAGUUUUUGUCAUCCAAUUGCUUCCAAAAGUGGUUUACAGAGUAAGAAGGUCAAAUCUUUAAUUGCUCAUCAAACUCAGUUGGCUCUUCCACAGAAGUCAAAGUUGUUACAAUCCUGCCGUAGUUUGUCCGUAUGUGCUAAGUACAGCGAUGAUUCUGGAAGUGGAGGCGGUGAUUUUAUUGCUGGGUUUCUUUUGGGAGGAGCGAUCUUUGGAACUCUGGCUUAUGUAUUUGCUCCACAGAUAAGGAGGUCACUUCUCAACGAAGAUGAGCAUGGGUUUCGGAAGGCCAGGCGGCCUAUUUAUUACGAAGAAGGUUUAGGCUUAGAGGAAACUCGGCAAACACUGAACGCGAAGAUAAAGCAACUGAACAAUGCCAUCGACAAUGUUGCAUCCCGGUUAAGAGGUGGGGGGAAGGUGGCCGAACCUGCGGAAGCCGAUUCUGAGUUUGAAGCUUCGGUGUAAGCUUGUUUAUCCCUACGCAAAGUCCUAUCAACCGAAAAGAUGUAGUAUCAUAAAGCCAUUCAGUUUCUCAUGGCAAUUUGUUUUCGAAUUUACAAAUUGCAUAUUGCGUUUCAGCCAGGGCGUUACUUUUGAUGUUUGCUUGCAUCGCAAUUUGUUUUAAACGUGGAAACAAACCUGCCUAAUUGUACGAAGUGAGCAUAAUUGAGGCAACCAUCGAAAGAACAUUGAUUUUCUUCUAUUGAAAUUGUUAAAAGAAAGAAAUUUUUAUAUCA